CGUUUACUACAUGAACAGUGCGCAUUUUUUUUGCCACCCCAAAGUUGCAAAUUUAGAUCUACAGGAGUCCUGGUGUUUCUGUAUAAAGAUGUCAAGAAGGAGAACAAGCAGGACUAAAUUUGCAAAGACAGAACAGACAGAAGAAAAGUUAGUUGAGGAUGAAAAUAGAACGAGUGAGAAUGAAUUAUCUGGUGGGGACUGGAGGGAUUUGAAGACUGCUGGACAAUGUCUGGAUCAGCUUUGUUUGUCUGAGCAGCUGUCUGACAUUAGUUUUACCUUCAAGGAGGACCAAAAUGUGAAGCUUCCUGCACAUAAACUUGUCUUGAGCAUGCGCAGUUCUGUAUUUGAAGCCAUGUUCUAUGGACCUAUAGCAGAGAGUGGAAAUACAGUUCUCAUUGAAGAUAUCAAACCAGACACCAUGAAAAUUGUUCUAAGGUUUAUAUAUUCCGACAGUGCAGAAUUGAAUGGAAAUAAUGUUCUGAGCUGUCUGUACGCAGCCAAGAAAUAUUGUCUUCAGGGGCUCAUAGAGAAAUGUUCUGCAUUUCUCGAAGAUCACAUUGAUGCUGAUAAUGUGUGUGAAGUUCACGAGCAGGCCAUAUUCUAUGAUAUAAAGUCAUUACAACAGAAAUGUUUUGAUUUUAUUCUUGAAAAUGCUACUGAUGUAUUCCUGUCUAAAAGUUUCCUUGAAAUAUCCCAUGAUACACUAGUCAGUCUUUUGAAGAGUGAUGAACUGUCGGAAGAUGAGGAGAAUAUAUUCUCUGCAUGUGUCGAAUGGGCCAGAAAUAAAUGUAAACUCGACAACAAAGACCCUUCUGCAGAAACUCUACGGGAAACACUUGGGGACGCUUUGUACGACAUUCGUUUUCCUGCGAUGUCAAUGGAAAAAUUUGCAACUGUUGUAACUCCAAGUGGAAUCCUUACAAGCACAGAUCAGAUAACGCUGUAUCAGUAUUUUGCAACAGUUGGUUCCUCACCAUUAUAUAACUUUACGAGUCAGAAAAGAGCUGGCAAAGUUAUCACAUUAGAUGUAUCUAAAUAUACUGCCAAAAGUUAUGGUAAUGUGGUCCACGAAUAUUGUUUGAUGUUUCGACUUGCUAAUGGUUUACAACCAUUAAAUCAUGGAAGGACUGUUGUUCGAGUUAAAUCUUUGACUGGUAUAUUUGUUCCAGAAGUACGACACGUUACUCAUAUAAGCAAUCUGGGGCAUGAAAAUCUCGAAUUUUUUGCUAACGGCAAUAAGUUAACCUUUCACACACCAAUACAUGUUACAGAAAAGUGUUGUUUUAUGUUUACUGGAGAUGAGUCGCAGCCAGAUAUUCCCUCCUUUUUCCAUUUUAAUGAACGGUUCUCAGUAGUCCGAAAUAGGAGGAAAAUAGUGAAAGGGGAGACAAUCUACAUCACUCGUAUUCCAAAUGGUUUGAAGAGUAUUUCGUUUGUAUAAUAAUAGUAAAUUGAGUAACUUAGUUGAAGAAAACAUUUGUCAACAAAGGGAAGUCUUGUACAGAGCCUUGUUGAAAAAUUAGUAAAUGAUAUAGUCACUGAUUUUUUCUUUCAUACAGGAUAGGUUAAAAGGGCACUCCUGGAAAUCUAUACAAACAUUUUCAUCAGAUGAGCACUAGGCUGUAUUUAUUAAUUUUUGUUGUAACAGUUGUACAAACAUUUCUAAAAGCUUUAGUCACGCAAUAGAAUUGUGAUGAAAAAUAGUGUGAAUGCUUUGUAUAGUCUUAUAAGUUGCUAAUAUAUAUAUAUAUAUAAAAACAAGCUCUUGGUGCGGGAAUGAAUUACCUUUAAGGAUAGCUAGAGUUAAUUUUGAUAAACUGGUGCGAAUUGCUUAGUUUCUAUAAAGUUUGAAUUUUCUCAAAGUUAUGUCCUUUUAUAAGUUUUGUACAUUUGUUUAAGUUUUUGUAUGCAAGUUUUUAGCAUUUUUAGCAUUUAACCUCAUGGGAAAGUUCUCAAUGUCUUUAUUUAAGCAAAAUUGCUGUUUUUUUGUGAAUAUGCAUAAGAAGGUUUUAAAUUUGGCAUUGUCUAUCCAGCUAUUUGUCUGAUUGCGCGUGUUUGUGUUCGUCUGUCCGAAAUUGAAGGAAGACACUAGUAAUUCAAAAGGUAUUUUAGCUAGAAUUACCCAACCUCACAUAAUUAUCAAUUAGCACAUGACUUUGCUCACUUGUUGUUCCCAUAUACUUGAACAUACUUA